AUGGGCAAACUAGGUGACCUAUCGCCACAGGGGAGCGUUGCGGUGGGUAUCCUUGUUGGGCUGGUGUCUACGAGUCUGCAGGCAAUCGGACUUACACUGCAGCGGAAAUCCCACCUGCUCGAGGAGCAGAAACGCCCAUAUGAUGUGCGCCGGCCGCCCUAUAAACGCCGGCGAUGGCAGCUCGGCAUGGCCAUGUUUGUUGUCUCCAACAUAGUGGGAAGUACAAUCCAGAUUACAACGCUUCCACUCCCGGUGCUUUCCACACUCCAAGCAGUGAUCCGGUCUAGUAUUCAAUACGAUAUUGCUACUCUUAUUCUUGGUGAACCCUUCACUCGUUAUUCUUUCGCGGGUACUGUUCUUGUCUGCACCGGCGCUAUUCUGAUCGCUACAUUUGGCGCCAUCGGUGAACCGGCCCAUAGCUUGAACCAACUCCUGGGCCUCCUCCAGCGCCGGCCAUUCCUAGCAUGGAUGAGCACAACACUGGUGGUAGUUGCAGGCAUUUUGGUAGGAUCGAGGCUUCUCGGAUAUCUCCUCCCCGGUGCUCGAGGCAGGCCUGUCGCUACCGGCCAUUUCACGCCACAUCUGCAAAAGCUUCAGAUCCGGAUCAAGCUCUUCCGGGGCAUGUGCUAUGGGUCCGUUAGCGGUAUCCUGUCAGCCCACUCGCUCUUGCUGGCCAAGUCAGCGGUGGAGCUACUUCUAUUCUAUCUACACCGUGGAUUAAAGCUGUGUAGCACCAGUAUUCUUUAUCCUUUUGUCUUUUGCAUUUACAACAUCAUCGCUAUUCUCGAUGGCCUGAUCUACUUCCGGCAGGUCACCCAGCUCACGAAACUCCAUGCCGGCCUCAUCAGCCUCGGGACAAUCAUUCUCUUGGGUGGUGUUCUUUGCCUUUCAUGGCGACUAGAAGACGUUGACAACCAUGCCGCGGUCAACGUCGUUGGAGCUACGCAGACGGGCCUGGGCCCCGGCAUGGCGGUAGUAGAAGAAUAUCCACCAUCGCCCGGGCCGCUGGACGGCCGCUUCGACGAAGAGACCCGACGAGAUCCCAGUUUUUCGUUCCUCCCGCCCGCGGAUCACCGGGAAGCCGCAGACCUCAACGCAGCAUCGAUUUGGGCUGAACUCGAUGAAUCCGACGUGGAUGUCAGUCACUCGCACAUGCGCUCUUUGUCUGAUCGCCCGCGGAGUUCAAGCAGCGGUGCCGCUUUCAAAGUCCCAAAACAGCGCCUCAGCCGCAAUUCCACAAUAGGCCCGAUCCCGUAUCACCGAACUAGAGGUUCUCAUCGGGUCCAGGCUUCUGCGUCCGAAAACCCCUGGCGCAGCACAUCCAUGCCCUGGGCUGGUCUUUGGGGGUCGCAACGCAAGAAGCGGACACCGUGGUUCGGGCAGUCCUCCAAUAACCAAGAGUAUGGCACGAUCAGCGAUGAUUCAAGACAACCCGUUCAUCCAGCAGGAGAUGGUCCCUCAUCUUCUCCCCCAAGUAAUGCUCUCCUGGGACUUAUCACAGGCUCCAGAAGGUCACUCAUGGGUGCCUGGCAAUCAAGUCGGCAGUUCCUAUCCCGAUGGACAAGCCCGCGGGCGGGCAAUGAUUCCGAAUCCAAUCCACACGACGGCUCCUCCUCCCCUCUUCUCCCUCAUUCCGACGUUCGUAUACCCAAAACGGGAGAUACGCAAGAUCCUACCAGGGGCGACUUGACAUCUCCGCAGCCACCAUCGCCAUCUUGA